AUGCUUUAUAACUCUGCACGGGUACUUCCUAUCCUCGCUCUGAGCCUCCUGGCCUCGGCAGGGCCCUUAGAGACGCGAGAACCUGUGCCAGGCAUCAUUGAUGACAUCUUGACUGGUGUUCUCUCUGGCGUUGGACAGCUUAUCAAAGACGUUCUCUCUGGUGCCAAAUCGGCCAUCGACGACACAAAAUCAAACAAGCCUUUAAUAUGUUCACUGCUUACCACGGAUAAGUGCUGUAUUUGGUGGGAUGUUUCUGAUGAACUCACCAAGUUGUUUGUCAACCAGGAUUUGACUUGCAAUGACAACGCUCGUGCAGCAGUCCGCAUGGGUUUCCACGAUGCGGGUGCAUGGGAGCAGGGCCAAACACAUGGCGGUGCUGAUGGAUCACUGUUGAUGGAUUUCGGAGAGAUUGAGCGCCCCGAAAACAAAGGUCUCGAGAGCGUGCGUCUUGUGCUUCGUGACGUACAGAAGAAGUUCAAGGUCGGCUAUGCAGACCUUGCCCAGUACGCCCACAACCACGCCAGUAUCUCAUGCCCAAAGGGUCCUCGCGUGCGUACAUUUGUUGGACGCAAGGAUGCUACCCAGGCUGCACCUAAAGGGUUUCUCCCGGAUACUCGCUCCCCAGCAGAUGAACUCAUUGCUCUCUUCGAGCGCAAGGGCUUUACCCCCCACGACCUUGCCGCACUCUUAGGUGCCCAUUCGACAGCCCGCCAACGCUUUGUAGACACUACUCCCGAAGUCGCUGACAAGCCUCUCGACACUACCAUUGGUGUUUGGGACGUCGAGUUCUACAACGACACGCUUAACAACCCAUCGGGUGGCACCCCUUCCCAGAAAGUCUUUGUACUCCCUAGCGACAAGGUACUUUCGGUACAUCCCAAGGUCAGCGAUGAGUGGAAGUCAUUCGUUGGUGACCAGAAGCACUGGAAUGAGGACUACGCAAAGGCGUACGUCAGGAUGAGUUUGACGGGUGUGACAAAGGAUCAGUUGAACAACUUGGUCGACUGCACAAAGACGCUGCCUGCUAGCCGGAAGGUUUUCCCAUAGGGGGGAGGAGAUGGCUGAUGAUUCCUUUUUUCAAUGAACAUACCUUUAC